AUGGACGACUCCAACUCACCUGAUCCCACCCCAUCUUUUGCUUUUAGAUCCGCAAUUCCAACUCCAACUCAAAACAACAACUUCUUGAGAAGCCAUUCUACAAAAGAAUCUCCUUUUUCAAAUUUACUUAACUCCCCACCUCGCCUCUCUUGUCCCACACUCUCUCGCAGCCUCCAAAACUCUCCUCUUUCUUCACCCCUUCACCGCCAAUUCUCUCCCACUCCCUCUCCCACAAAGCUUUCUGACUCUGACCCUCAAACGACCUACCACUGUGCCUCUUCUGUCCUCAGAAACGAUGGCCAGAUGCUCUCCAUUGCCUUGUCUUCAAAUGGGUUGAUUUACACUGGCUCUGACUCCAAUCUUGUUAGGGUCUGGAAGCUCCCCGAGUUCACUGAAUGUGGUCAACUCAGAACCAAGGCUUGCAGAGUCGUUGCACUGGAAGUCUCCAAUGACACUGUUUAUGCAGCCUAUGGUGAUGGCAAAAUUCGCCUCUGGAGAAGAACUUGGGAUAAGGUUUUGAAGCAUGUUCGUUUGGCCACCAUUCCCAAGACCGUUGGCUAUGUCCGAAGCUACAUCGCCGGCAAGGACAAGACGAUGCAUAAGGGGAUAAUUACAUCAAUGGCAAUUAACACAGCAGAGGACAUUCUAUACACUGCUUCCCUAGACAAAACGGUGAAAGUAUGGCGAAUCUCAGACCUGAAGUGCAUAGAGACAAUAAAGGCUCACCCUGAGCCAAUCAACGCAAUCAUUGUGGCUGAUGAUGGAGUCCUCUACACCGCUUCUGAUGACGCAACAGUGAGAGUUUGGCGUAGAAAUUUUUGUAGCCACGACCAACCACAUUCUCUCACAGUAACCCUUCAUGCCAAAUAUUCCCCGGUGAAAGCCUUGACACUAACCCCAGAUGCAGGAAUCUUAUAUGGUGGCUGCACUGAUGGCUACAUACACUACUGGCUAAAGGGUUGGUUUGCAGGGCAAUUGCAAUAUGGUGGGUCAAUUCAAGGACACACACAUGCAGUAAUGUGUCUAGCCAGUGUUGCAAAAUAUGUAGUUAGUGGCUCAGCUGAUUCAACUAGCAGGGUUUGGGCUAGAGAACAAGAUGGCCAACACACUUGUUUAGCCGUUUUGGUUGGUCAUAGAGGACCAAUUAGGUGUGUAACAGCAUUUUUAGGAGGUCGUUUGGUGGAAGAUAACGAAGAUAGCUGCACCAUUUGCACUGGUAGUCUCGAUGGGGUCUUGAAGGUUUGGCGUGUCACUCAUAAGAAUCUCAAUAAUCACUGCUCUUCUCCACCUGGGGCUAAGUAUUUUGAACUCUAUAAGGGACUUUAAUUCAUUAAUUACCACUAAUUCCUACCUUUUGUUUCCAUUCUUCACAGUUGGGAGGA